GGACCACGGGAUCAUCCGCACCCUGGACCUGCCCAUCUACGUCACCCGGGUGAAGGGGAACAAUGUCUACUGCCUGGACAGGGAGUGUCGCCCCAGGGUCCUCACCAUUGACCCCACAGAGUUCAAGUUCAAGCUGGCAUUGAUCAACAGGAAGUAUGAUGAGGUGCUGCACAUGGUGAGGAAUGCAAAGCUGGUGGGCCAGUCCAUCAUUGCCUACCUGCAGAAAAAAGGCUACCCCGAGGUGGCCCUGCACUUUGUCAAGGAUGAGAAGACCCGUUUCAGCCUGGCACUGGAGUGUGGCAACAUUGAGAUUGCUCUGGAAGCAGCCAAAGCUCUGGAUGACAAGAACUGCUGGGAGAAACUGGGAGAAGUGGCUUUGCUGCAGGGGAACCACCAGAUCGUGGAGAUGUGCUACCAACGCACCAAGAACUUCGACAGGCUCUCCUUCCUCUACCUCAUCACUGGCAACCUGGAGAAGCUUCGGAAGAUGAUGAAGAUCGCUGAGAUCCGUAAGGAUAUGAGUGGGCACUACCAGAAUGCCUUGUACCUGGGAGACGUGGCAGAGAGAGUGAGGAUCCUGAAGAACUGUGGGCAGAAGUCCCUGGCCUACCUCACUGCUGCCACCCAUGGCCUGGAUGAGGAAGCUGAGAGCCUGAAGGAGACCUUUGAUCCUGAAAAGGAAACGAUUCCAGACAUUGACCACAAUGCCAAGCUGCUGCAGCCUCCUGCUCCUGUCAUGCCUCUGGACACCAACUGGCCAUUGCUGACUGUCUCCAAGGGGUUCUUUGAAGGAACAAUUGCUAGCAAAGGCAAAGGAGGAGCCCUGGCUGCCGACAUCGACAUCGACACCGUCGGCACUGAGGGCUGGGGGGAGGAUGCAGAGUUACAGCUGGAUGAAGAUGGCUUUGUGGAUGCUGGAGAGGGCUUUGGAGAGGAAGGUCUUGGUAAAGGGCAGGAAGAAGGAGGUGGAUGGGAGGUCGAAGAGGAUUUGGAUCUUCCCCCUGAACUGGACGUUCCUGCUGGUCCUGCUGGAGCUGCAGAGGAUGGAUUCUUUGUGCCACCCACCAAGGGCACCAGCCCAGCUCAGGUGUGGUGCAACAAUUCUCAGCUCCCUGUUGACCACGUUCUGGCAGGCUCCUUUGAGACAGCAAUGAGACUCCUCCACGACCAGGUGGGAGUAACAAACUUUGGGCCCUACAAGCAGCUGUUCCUGCAGACCUAUGCCCGUGGCCGGACCACCUACCAGGCCCUGCCCUGCCUGCCAGCCAUGUAUGGGCACCCCCACCGCAACUGGAAAGAAGCUGGCUUGAAAAAUGCCCUCCCUGCUGUUGGGCUGAAACUCAACGACCUGAUCCAGCGGCUCCAGCUCUGCUACCAGCUCACCACUGCUGGCAAGUUUGAGGAGGCCGUGGAGAAGUUCCGCUCCAUCCUGCUCAGCGUGCCCUUGCUGGUGGUGGACAACAAGCAGGAGAUUGCUGAGGCCCAGCAGCUGAUUGCCAUCUGCCGGGAGUACAUCGUGGGGCUCUCCAUGGAGAUUGAGAGGAAGAAGCUGCCCAAGGAGACCCUGGAGCAGCAGAAGAGGAUCUGUGAGAUGGCUGCCUACUUCACCCACUCCAACCUGCAGCCCGUCCACAUGAUCCUGGUGCUGAGGACUGCUCUCAACCUCUUCUUCAAACUCAAAAACUUCAAGACUGCUGCCACUUUUGCCCGUCGCCUGCUGGAACUGGGUCCAAAGCCCGAGGUGGCCCAGCAGACUCGCAAGAUCUUGUCGGCGUGUGAGAAGAACCCCACGGACACCUACCAGCUCAACUAUGACAUGCACAACCCCUUUGACAUCUGUGCUGCUUCCUACCGGCCCAUCUACCGUGGCAAACCCGUGGAGAAGUGUCCUCUCAGUGGAGCCUGCUACUGCCCCGAGUUCCACGGGCAGAUCUGCCGUGUCACUACGGUCACCGAGAUCGGCAGAGACGUCCUGGGGCUGCGGAUCAGCCCCCUGCAGUUCCGUUAG